AUGCACGCAAGCGAGGCUUUGGCAAUUGGCACCAGCAGCCGUCGAAAGUGCCUUGUGACGGUGACAAUGUCGUCGCCGGCGCGCCCGUACCGGUUCCCCGCGCUGCCGGAGGAGGACGAGCAAGCCACGCGGUGCACCAGGCAAUCGUGCCGGACGUGCGGCGCGUCGGCGGUGGCGAGCUGCGUGGCGCUGUGCUGCUGCCCGUGCGCCGUGGUGAGCUGCCUCACGCUGUCGCUCGUCAAGGCACCCUACGUGGCGGGCCGGCGGUGCGCGGUCAGGCUCGCCAGGAGGCGGCUGCGGAAGGCGAGGCGCGUCCGGGACCUGGAUGACGACGGGCGCCUGAAGGGUGAGCUCGGCGCGUUCGCGGCGGUGCUGCCGCAGCGAAGCAAGGAAUGGGGCGAGCUGCCCGGUGCGGCCGCGUUCGUAGCCGAGGGAAGGGCGAGGGCGCCGAGCUCGAGGACGGACGCGGCGGAGAAGGUGUGGGCGGAAAUGUACCAGGUCGGGCUCUGGGGGUUCGGCCGGCUGUCCUUCUCGGCGCCAGCAGCCGGCGGAGGAGGCGACUCCGAGAAGGACGGCGACGACGCUGCUAAGUGAGACGUGCAGUGGCUCACUCUAGAGCCAUGU